ACCCACCAAAAGUUGGGUUAAGGUACUAACUUAAUCCGCCAAGAGUUUUGCCACAAAUUUAUGAAAUGGAGAGGGAAAGAGAGGAUAGUGCAACCAAAUAUUUUCAUGUUCUGUGUUCUUAUAUGAGAAAAUUCAUUUUUAGGAUACUUUCCGUGGGUACCAUCCCCAAUCACAUUGCCUUCAUCAUGGAUGGAAACCGGAGAUAUGCUAAGAAGCAGAGUCUACGGGCCGAUGAUGCUGCCGGCCACAAGGCUGGCUUUUUAGCUCUAACGUCUAUGCUCAAGUAUUGCUAUGAACUGGGAAUCAAGUGUGUAUCGAUCUAUCCCUUUAGCAUUGAUAAUUUCAAACGACGGCCUAAUGAAGUUCAAUAUGUGAUGCAUCCGACGCUUAAGAAAAUCCAGGGGUUACUUAAGGAAAAAAGUAUUGUGCAAAAGUAUGGUGCCAGAGUGUAUUUUAGAGGUAACAUGACACUUCUGACUGAGCCCAUCAGGGUUGCUGCUGAAAAGGCAAUGGUGGCCACUACUAACAAUACUGGUAUGAUGAUGCCCUUCAUCUGUGUGGCCUAUACUUCCACUGAUGAGAUUGUGCAUGCCAUUCAAGAAUCCUGCAAUAAUAAAUGGGUUGGGAUUCAAGAAGCGAAUGGAAGUAAAGCUUGGAAUCAGGAAAUUCGGGAUGAAGAAUAUCAAAUGGAGGAGAAGGCCAUUAUAAAACUAAGAGAUAUAGAGAAGCAUAUGUACAUGGAUGUAGCACCUGAUCCUGACAUCUUGAUUCAAACUUCUGGCAAACAUCGCCUGAGCAAUUUCCAACUCUGGCAUACUACAUAUUGCCUAUUGUGUUCUCCCGCUGUGCUCUGGCCUGAGAUUGGUCUAAGGCACUCGGUGAGAGCAGUAUUAGACUUCCAACAGCACCGCUCUUAUUUGGAUAAGAAAAAGAGGCAAGCUUAG